AUGAGCGCGCAAAUGAAGAAGAAGCUCGUGAUCAAGCUGAAUGUCAAGCCAGCGCUUCCGCCGAACUUCGAGGAGCAGACUUGGCUGAAGCUCAGGGAGGCUGUGCAGGCUGUGUUCCGGUCCCUCCCGACCCCCGCGUCGCUCGAGGAGCUCUACCGGGCCGUAGAGGAUCUGGUCGUCCAGAAGUGGUCGCCGCAGCUCUACCAGCGACUCAAGGACGAGUGCGACGCGCAUGUGGCAACGCAGCUGUCCGGGCUCGAUGCCAAGGUCGGCGAGGACGCGACGGAGCUCAUCCAGUCGAUAGACGUGUGCUGGCAGUCCUUCUGCGCCCAUCUCUCCCUCGUGCGAGCCAUCUUCCUCUCGCUCGAUCGCGGCUGGGUGCUGGAGCACGGGGGCGAGAACGGCGCCCCGGGGGGCCUGUUUGAGAUGGGCGUGGGGCUCUUCCGGCAGGGCGUGGACGCGCGGCCCGCGCUCAAGCAGGCGGUCCUGCAGCGCCUCCUCGGCAUGAUUGCCGCGGAGCGCGCGGGCGAGGCGGUCCCGCGGCCGCUCCUGCGGUCCCUGCUGGGCAUGCUGUCACAGCUGGGGUUGUACGCGGUUGAGUUCCAGCCGCGGCUGCUGGAGGAGACGCGCGUGCACUACACCGCGGCGGCGCAGCGGAGCAUUGACGAGGAGGGCGCGGCCGGGUACUUGGCCACGUGCGAGCGGUGGCUGCGGGAGGAGGGUGACAGGGUGGCCAGCUACCUGGACGCGGCGAGCAUGCGACCGCUGACGCGCACGCUCGACGAGGUGCUGCUGCAGGCGCACGUCGAGCGCAUCGUCGGCGGCCUGGCGACCAUGAUGGACAACGAGAAGAACGAGGACGUCGCGCGCGCAUACACGCUCCUCGGGCGCGUGAGCGCGCACGACGCGCUGCGCACGGCGUGGACGGCGUACAUCACGGCUGCCACCUCGGCCAUCGUGUCCGACGCGUCCCGCGACGCCGAGAUGGUCCAGCGCCUCCUGGACCUCCGCAAGCGCCUGAGCGGCACGGUGGCGGCCGCGCUCGGCGGCGACGAGUCCUUCGUGCGCGCGACCCGCGCGGCGAUGGAGGCGGCCAUCAACCGGCGGCAGAACCGCCCCGCGGAGAUGGUCGCGAAGUACCUCGACGGGCUCCUGCGCAGCGGCGCGAAGGGCGCGGGCUCCGAGGAGCGCGUCGAGGAGGAGCUGCACGGCGCGCUGGCCCUGUUCCGGCUCAUCCAGGGCAAGGACGUCUUUGAGGCGUUCUACAAGCGGGACCUGGCGCGGCGGCUGCUGCUGGGGCGGUCGGCGUCGCAGGACGCGGAGCUGCGGAUGCUGGGGCUGCUGCGGGAGGAGUGCGGGGCGCAGUUCACGUCGAAGCUCGAGGGGAUGUUCAAGGACAUUGAGGUGUCGCGCGACCUGAUGGCGGCGGUGCGCGGGGCGCCGGAGUUCCAGGGCGCGGCGCCGAGCGGGCUGGACAUGUCGGUGUCGGUGCUCACGUCGGGGUUCUGGCCGUCGUACCCCGUCGUGGACGCGGUGCUGCCCGGCGCGCUGCAGCAGGGGCAGGAGGCCUUCCGGCAGGUGUACCUGGCGAAGCACAACGGGCGGAACCUGACGUGGCACAACACGCUCGGGUCGUGCAUCAUCAAGGCCAAGUUCCCCAAGGCGGGCACGAAGGAGCUGCAGGUGUCGCUCAUGCAGUGCACCGUGCUGAUGCUGUUCAACGACGCCGACGAGCUGUCGUACGGGCAGAUCAAGGCCGGGACGGGGAUCGAGGAGAAGGAGCUCAAGCGGACGCUGCAGUCGCUCGCGUGCGGGCAGGUCCGCGUCCUGAGCAAGGAGCCCAAGGGCAAGGACGUGGGCGACGCCGACGUGUUCCGGUACAACGAGAAGUUCGAACACAAGAUGUUCCGCAUCAAGAUCAACUCGAUCCAGGCCAAGGAGACGCCCGAAGAGAACCAAAAGACCAACGAACAGGUCCUCGCGGACCGCGUGUACGCCAUCGACGCCGCCAUCGUGCGCGUCAUGAAGGCCCGCAAGCAGCUCAGCCACAAGCUGCUCAUCGGGGAGCUGCUGCAGCAGCUGCGGUUCCACGUGCAGCCGAGCGACCUCAAGCGACGCAUCGAGAGCCUCAUCGAGCGCGAGUACCUCGAGCGCGCCGAGGGGGAGACCAACAUGUACCUGUACCGCGCGUAG